CCAUAAAAUUCCCGAUGAAUGCAGUUUGUGAAAUUACUGUGUUGUAAACGGUUUCAUACAGUUUUGAUUUUUGGACCUUCCUUAAAUACCAAACGUGGCAAAUAUCCUAAAUUAUUUAUACAUGUAUAACAAUCCAAAAUUAGUUCUAAUAUGUAGGUUGCCAAGGGAAAUUAUGAGAUUUGAAAUGUAUCAGACGUAUUUGGUUUCACAAAGUUAUAUUUACGCAUAUAAUAUAUAUUUCAUGCAAAGGCUACUCGUCAUUGAAUGCUUGCGAAUCCUGAUAUCGAAAAAUUAAAGUAUUCUGUCUGCAAAGAAUUGUUUUAGCCCGCGAAAACCAACCAUAGCGGCGAUAUUGGCUCAAGCAGAGAGUGGCGCAUCAUCGAGCUACGUCUCAGGCCUCCGACCCUGUCGGGGCUCUAGCAUAACUAAACUUCAUCAUGUGUAUUUUGUCAUUAUAGGGCUUUUGGCAUUCCUGUUGUUUUAUCAUCAUUAUCACCAAGUUAGGAACUGGUCCAAGAUCAAACUUGCCAGAAUAUAUGUGGUGAAUUGUAAGCGCGGCGAGCAAUGGAUGGCAUCCCACAAUCAUGGCUAGAAAUGCUUCCCUCUUCAGUGGCAUUGAAAGAGUUACACAUUACCCACCCUAUUUAGAAGAUCAGAAGGGGUGAGUCCGCCCUAAAUUGCAUAUAAACCGUAAAUCGUACGAUGAUUGCGUAUUGCAUUGUCAUUAAGAUAAAUUGAGGUAAAGAUGUUUUCCGAAAUCACUCUGGAAUAUAGACAUUGCAAACAGUCCAUGCACAUCAAAUUCAUUAGCGUCCUAUGUUGCAUAGAAUUUCCAAAAUAGAAAAGGGUUCGAUGGUAAUAAUAAAUGGUUUAAUAGUAAAAGUCUGCAUAACGCUUUUGGGAGAGGCUUUAGGGCCAUUCCAAGGCGUUUCGAAGGGUUCCAGGCACAGUGCCUGUAACUUGAUAACCCAUGCAAGUUGCCACGGUUUUAAAAUAUUAUUUUUGUGUCAAUAUGAUACAUGAUUCUGUUUAAAGAGUGUGUGUGUGUGUGUGUGUGUGUGUGUGUGUGUGUGUGUGUGUGUGUGUGUGUGUGUGUGUGUGUGUGUGUGUGUGUGUGUGUGUGUGUGUGUGUGUGUGUGUGUGUGUGUGUUUAUUCAUUCCCUGAAAUUUGGAUUUAAUUAUAUCCACAUCAAUGUAAACUUACUUUAUUUUAUCAUAGCAGUCUCUCACAUUUUAAUACUUUAUCCUAAAAAAAAAUAUUUGCUUUUCAAACACAAAUAAAGGGUAUAGAUUAUCCUUUAUACCCUAGAAAGGAUAAUUUGACUUUCAUUUGCUGUCAUGGAAUGUGUUUCCUAUUUAUAUUGCCUAGUAAAGAUUGAAAAUUUGGUGAAAGAUGUUUAAAACUAUUAAGGAAGCCCUUGGUAUUACCUACCUCAGGAGUACAGGCCAAGGAGGUGGUGGAUAUAUUAGCGAGGGAGAAAUAUACAAGACAGAUAAAGGGCAAUUGUUUUUGAAAAGGAAUGCAGAUCCAAUGGCUCGACAAAUGUUUGAUGGGGAACUUGAAGGCCUGAAAGCCAUAAUUGCCACUGGAACUGUAAGAGCUCCUGAGCCACAUUUUGUGAUAGAUAACCCAGAUGGAGGCGCUGUUCUUGUCAUGGAGAGCCUAGAUAUGAAGGACAUUAAAAAUCACUCGGCUGCAUUGGGGGAGCAGGUGGCCAGAAUGCACCUGCAUAAUCUAGAAGAAAUUAAGAAAUAUGACAAUUGCAAUAGUCGUGUUGGUCAAAAUCAGAAUUGUGAACCAGUUAUGCAGUUUGGGUUCCCUGUUACUACUUGUUGUGGUUAUAUACCUCAAGACAACACCUGGUGUGAUGAUUGGUUGGUGUUUUUUUCAAGAAAACUUCAGUUGCAGUUCACCUUAAUAGAAAAAGAGUUUGGCAAUCGUGAAGUAAGAGAGCUCUGGUCGUUUUUACAACUGAAACUUCCUCAGUUUUUCAAGGAUGCAGACGUAAAGCCAUCUUUAUGCCAUGGAGACUUUUGGAGUGGUAAUGUAGCUGAAAUUACCAAUUGUCCAGGUGUGAUUUUUGAUCCUGCUGCAUUCUAUGGCCAUUUUGAAUUUGAUUUAGCAAUUGCAAAAUCGUAUGGAGGUUUUGAUAAGCAAUUCUGGGAAAGUUACUACAAUGUACUUCCAAGAGCUAAAGGAUGGAAUAAGAGAUACAAGGUGUACAAGCUCUUUGGCCUGUUGCUUGAAUGGAAUCACUUUGGGAAUAUGAACUGUGCUGCAGCAGUCCACUUGAUGAGGGAUUUGUGCUGGUAAUAUUCAUACUCCUUGAGAUGAUCCAUGAUGAAGAAUAGAUUUUUCAUGACCUGAAAGAGGGUUGAGAUCAGCACAUUAUCUCAUCUGGUCUUCUGUAGACAUGGCAAGGAUGAGGCAAUAAGAAUUUUAGCCCACCUAUUCAAGGUCUUAAAGAAGGAUUCUUCUGAGUUGCAGCUAGUUCAAGAUGUGCCUUAAACUUCAACAGGAUACUCUGGAGCUGUUUCAUAACUUAAUAAUCAUGUAGUCCUCUGAAUGCUUUUGUAGUUGUGUAAUUCAUUUUGAUUUAUUCCCAGCCGUUAUCAAGUCUAUUUUUAGUGCAUUAAUAUGAUGGAGUGUCUAUAACAGUGGUUCUCAACUUGUAUGUUGUGAUUACCUUCCAAGUGUUGCCUAAUAUUUUGCAGAUGAAUAUACCUUUCUUUUGAAAUACCCCCAUUUUAGUCUGAAACUUUAGAAAAAUGCAGAAAGUUAAUAUUAGUUAACCUAAAUUUCCAAUUAAUUAUAGAUUAUUUAGUUAUCGUAGAGAGUAAUCUUACAGUAGUUCCUACAUUUUCAAAUGAAUAUAGUAAGUGUUUACAUGUGUAAUACAUUUGUAUUCCUAUAAUAAUGGAGUAAAUAGCUAGUUUGUCGUAGAAAUCAAGGUUAUAUUUUUAGUGAGUUGUCAAACUGAAAAAGUUGAGAACCACUGGUCUAUAACAUGUUAUAGUAGACUUUUAUAACACAGUAUCUCAAAUAAUUUUUCCUCUUUGCAUUGAUUACUCUGUCAACUCAGUGUGUGCUCCCUCCCAUACUUCUCUUUCACAUCUAUUGUUUGUCCCUACCAAGAUGUUGGUCAUAUAUCUCUGUAUUUAAAUAUUACCUUUGAUAAUUGUUUUGUUGCUCUCCUCUGCAUACAUUCAAUUACAUGAUUUGUAACUUGUGUGAAGCUCAACCUGUACUUGCAUAAUCCAGAUGCAUUUUCACCAUAACUUUCUAUAGUGUGAAAAAUGUUUCUUUUUUGAGAAAUCUGUAUGAUCCUUGAAUCUUUUCCAUGCUACAACUUGCUGUGUGGAUUAUCUUGUUGAUAGGGCUAUCAACUUUCAGGUUUUUUUCAAUAAAUACCCCUAUGCC